AUGAUAUCUUUAUCAUCUAAACAGCAAUGUUUGGCCAACAACUUAGAAACCAAUGUAUCCUUCCGUUCUGGAUACCAUACUGCUUCCUCCGAUUUCUACUUCAGCGCACACCACCACGCUGAUGAGGCUGCUGCUACAAGUCACGGUCUACGAUCUGUGGAGAGAGCAGAAUGCAAGGAUUUUUACCACAACGACCACACCACUACUCACCUUGAAGGGUGUAGUGGACCGCACGGUUCGAGAUCGACUUCUUUCCUUCUAGAAUCAUACUUUGCUUGUAUCUCAUAUCCGUUAUGA